AUGAUCCUGUGGCUAUUGCAUUCAUCAAACCAACCAAAGAACCUGAUAAAUGAGGAAAUUCCAUCAUCAACAGCCAAGAGCAGCAGUCCUCCACCCUUUUACGUGCUAGAUCCCAAUGACUACCAACACUACUUUCCAGAUACAGCAUCGUUCGAGGCAGCCAAACAGCACGCUCCAUUUCUGGAUCUGCCAAGUAGUCUCAACUACAACGACAGCCUGGUCGCCUACUAUUAUCGUCUGAGGUCCUAUCGCAAACACAUUCGCAAGACCGACGAUGAUCGGUAUUGGGUUGUCACGGAAUUCCUACCCAAUGUACCGUGGGCCGGAACUGCCAAUACAAUUUCGGCUGCUGCGGGCCAUCACAUUGUAGAGGGAAUGUGGUUCUGGGAUGCACCCACAUUUGUAGAAGACUACAUUCGGUUCUGGUACUUGGGUGGUGGCGGCAAAAAUCAAAAGCAAGCUCCACAACGACAUAUUGCCAGGUACACCAACUGGAUCUAUCAUGCUACCUGGCAGUAUGCGCAACUCUGGGGAUUCGAUGAACCACGUCGGAGCCUUCUUCGCGAUACAUUGCCUCACGCUGCCAAUGUCUUUCGUACCACCUAUGUCGACAAGUACCUUACCAACAGCACUCGAAAUGAGGGACAAUGGAAUACCAGUGGGCGGGUCUGUUGGACUCAGGAUGAUGGAUAUGAUGCCAUGGAGGUAUCCGUCAGUGGAGGAGGAUGUCGACCCACCAUUGCCGCAGCCCUGUGGGGCGAAGCCACGGCAUUGGUUCGUGUGGCCAAACUGUUGAUGAUGAAAGACAAUCUGCAACAACCAGAUAUUAUUCAGGAGUUUUCCGCUUGGGCUUUAUUUUCGAAACAAGUCAUUACACAACAACAUUGGAAUCCUGCCAUUGAGUCCUUUGCCGUGAUCCCACCUCCCAAGAGGCAAGAGGAGGAAUACUUCCAACCCGGCCUUGCUCCAGCGAACUGUGAUAUACACAAGGAACGUCCACCCAAUAAACUCGUCCAGGUGCGAGAAUUACUCGCCUUUAUGCCGUGGUUCUAUUCGUCACUCUUGGACCACAAGAACGACGACAAUAUCACUGCUUUUGCUCGUCAAUUUCAGUGGCUCUUGGAGUCUACCACCGACAAUGGCUUUACUGCCCCAUGGGGGUUGCGUACCGUGCAACGGAACACGCCCUGUUACAACUACAGCUGGGACCAUGGAGACUGCUGGAAUGGUCCCACAUGGCCCUAUGAGACUUCACGAGUGCUCACAGCGGUUGCCAACCUACUUGCUGACUACAACAAUACUGCGGUGGUGGAUGCCAGUGGAAUGACACACAAGAUUUGGGAGCAGCUCUUUCUCCAAUACGCCCGACAACAUACACAAACUACCGCCGUCAAUGAUACGGCUCGUCCCCUUCCUUCUUCGGGGCAUAUCUUUGAAAAUCUGCAUCCUGAUCUCGGCUAUUGGAACAACCGAGCUCGAAUGUACUGGCGCAACGAUACCCACAAAGAUAUGGGAGACGACUACAACCAUUCUACCUUUCUAGAUCUGGUAUUCAGAUGCUGGCUUGGUAUUCGCUUGAGUACUACUGGUGUAACACAGCCAUGGCUUGUCCUGAAUCCUUUGAUUCAAGCUCCCCACUUUGCAGCCGAUCGAAUCCCUUAUCGUGGACGGGUACUCUCCAUAGUGUAUGAUCCUACAGGUGACCACUAUCCGAGAGUCUUCCCGCAGAAGGAAAACUUGGGUUUGGUCGUUCUGUUGGAGGGAAGGCUAGUGGCUCAUCGUCCUGAUCUUGGUCCAGUAGUCAUCCAAGAGGAACCACCACAAGCGCAUCCCCAGAGCUUUCUUGAGAUCGAGUAG